ACAGCAAUGAGUCGUAGAUUUAAAUGUGUAUUUAAUUUGCAAUGACGCGUUAAAGUUCCCCCGGCAUUGUUCUUUAAAAUGUCACACUUCAAAAGAAACAGCGAAACAAAUUAAUACAUGUAUUUUGGGGUAGCUUAACUUUUUUCGCAAAAAAAAAAAAAUUCUCUACAUCUCCACAAUUAAAGCCCCUCUUGCAUCCCUGUGAUAUACAAUACGAGGCCUGUCUCUUUAAGACGAAGCCACGAUGUGUUGCGAAGUUCAAGUUGGGGUCACAUCGAGUUCCUGCCCUCGGUUUUACCUUUUAGUUUUAUUAUAGACUGACAUCACACAGGGCGCUAAAAUACUUACGAGGCAUAGAAACCCCAUUAUCAUAUCCAAGCGCGUUAUACCUUCGAUACAAAAAUAGUUGAGGAAAUUACUAAAAUAAAAAAUAGAAGGAAACUGAUGCCGCACUAAGCACGUAUUUUAUAGGAGGUGGUGAGAAAGAAAGUGAGGGGAUUGUGAGAGAGCGCGAGAGAGAGAGAGAAGAAAGAGAGAGGAGGGACAAGAAGGGGAGGAGGGAGCGCGAGUAAAAAGAAAUUCAUAGCAAUUAAUAAUAAAAAGAGUUGGCAGUAGUGCUUGGAAAACUGGCAUGGAUUUUGGAGGCUGGCAGUUCAAAGUUGAAACGUCAGAAAUGACUCCAGUAGACUGUUGAGAUGAUCAUUAAGGGCGACUUAGAACGGAUGGUAGAAGAGUUCGGGCAUCCAGGUGGAGGUUUGAAGACGAUGCUGGAUGCCAUGGAAGCCCCCAGUCAUGCUAGACACCUCCUCCUGCAGCUCAACACGCAGCGCACCAAAGGCUUCCUCUGCGACGUCAUCAUCGUGGUGCAGAACGCCCUCUUCCGCGCCCACAAGAACAUCCUGGCCGCCAGCAGCCUCUACCUGAAGUCCCUGGUCGUCCACGACAACCUCAUCAACCUGGACCACGAGAUGGUGAGCCCGGGGGUCUUCCGGGUCAUCCUGGACUACAUCUACACGGGCCGGCUGGGGGAGGCCGAGCCAGGACCAGGGGCGGGCCCAGAGCCCAGCCUAGCGGCGGUGCUGGCUGCAGCUAGCUACCUGCAGCUGCUGGACUUGGUGGCACUAUGCAAAAAGAGGCUGAAGCGGACAGGCAAGUACCACCCGCGACCCGACCUGCUGCCCUAUGAGAAGAUGGGCCCCAGCCGAGAGGCGCGCUUCCGCUCCGCCACCCCAGUCAUCCAGGCCUGCAUCCCCGGGGGCGUGGCUGGCAGCCACCCCUCACGAGCAGCACCAGGGGACCCACUGGCCACUCAUGUGGGGGAGCUGUAUGCCCCUGCUACCUCUCAGGGCUCCCUGGCCUACUCGGGCCCACCUUCAGUUCUGGCGCUGCCCUUGGGUCUGCGUCCCCCCCGGCCAGAGAGGGGCUGCUCCCCCGACUAUGGCUUGGACCUUUCCAAGAAGAGCCCCACCCCUCAAGCCCAGCAGGUAGCUGCACACAUCCCUCACUCAGCCCUGCGGCGCGAUGAUGCCCGGGGGGGCGAGCUAAGUGGGCAUAACAGCCCCAGUGGCAUCAACGAGGAUGACUACCCCACAAAUGGAGACCCAGCCUUCCAGAUCAGGUUGGAGCCGGGCGACACCACGGGUGACCUGCGCGACCUGGCGUCACCCUCCUACCCCCACCUCAGCCAGCCAUUCGGCCCCCACCUACCCACUCUGCAGCGCUCCCUCUCACGCGGCAGCGAGUCCUACUUCUGCCCUACCACUCUCGAAAGCUGGGUGAAGCGUGAGCCUCCGGUUUUCGGGGUCGAGGAUGAGGAGGAGGGUGACGACGAAGAGGAAGACUCCAGCGGGGGGGCGGAGCUCCGAAACCGCCGCAAGACCGUCGAGGACAAGCUAGGCGUCGAUGAUAAGAGUGGCACAGCCAGCGAGGAGUCAGGCAGCAGUGAGGGCCACCCAUCUCCCCCCGGGGUCCUGGAGCGCUUCCACCCAGCAUAUGAGCCCGAGAGCUUCGGGGACAACCUGUAUGUGUGCAUCCCGUGUGACAAGGGCUUCCCCAGCUCCGAGCAGCUCAACGCCCACGUGGAGACGCACAAUGAGGAGGAUCUGAGUGGAGAGCCGGCCAGCAGCAACGGCAGCGGCGGAGGAGGAAACAUCAACAGCAACAAUGGCAGUGGGUGUCUGCCAUACCCAGAGGGCAAGAGCUGCUCGAGCCUGCCCGCUCUGGGGGAGACCAUGCGGCCGUACCGCUGCUCCUCCUGCGAGAAGUCGUACAAGGACCCGGCGACGCUGCGGCAGCACGAGAAGACGCACUGGCUGACGCGGCCGUACCCCUGCAGCAUCUGUGGGAAGAAGUUCACGCAGCGCGGCACCAUGACGCGCCACAUGCGCAGCCACCUGGGCCUCAAGCCGUUCGCCUGCGACGCCUGCGGCAUGCGCUUCACGCGGCAGUACCGCCUGACGGAGCACAUGCGCAUCCACUCCGGCGAGAAGCCCUACGAGUGCCAGGUGUGCGGCGGCAAGUUUGCCCAGCAGCGCAAUCUCAUCAGCCACAUGAAGAUGCACGGCGUGGGCGUGGGCAUGGGCGGCGCCGCUGACGGCAAGCUGAAGGUGGACUUCGGCGACGGCCUCUUCCCGCUGGGCCUGAAGCCAGAGGCCAUGGAGGGCCUCUUCCCGCUGUCCAAGCUGGCCGCCCAACACCUGGGGCUUACCCACGACAAGAUGGACGCCCUGGGCCAGACGCUGUCCCUGCAGCCGCAGCAGCUGGCCCCCGAUCUGCGCACCAUUGACCGCUACUCCCCCAGCUAAAGCCCGCUGCACCAUGAGGCCAGAGUUGCCGUGGCGAUGAAUUCUGACCUCUGGGUCACCACACAGCCCGCAAGACUUAAGAGGCCUAAAUGUAAAACACACAACCAAGCCAUGCAGACCUCUAAAAAAGUGCCUUUUAAAGGGAUAUUGUGCUAAUUUAUAUUCUUUUUUUUUUACCUAAGGAUUCACACAAUACAGUGUUUGAUUUUAAAAAGUACUAUUUUAGCUGUCGAGCCAAAACCGAAUAGAUUUUUUUUUUCUAUUUAACGUUCAGAAUCCAAAGACCAUGGGUAUAAAUAGCAUAUAUGCAUGGCAGCCGUGCCCUGGGUAUGCAGCAAUGCAAGUAUUAUGAAAGGACGGAAAAAGGCAGAGAAAUUCAUGGCUUCUUUGCUGAGGGAAGGAGGAACCUGAACAUGGGGGAAUAAUGGCAGCCGAUGGGAGUCUGCAGCAGAUGUAAACCUGAUGGAUUGUCAGAUAUUCCCUGUGAAAGUGGCUCUGCAGCUCUGCGGUUUCCGGCCCAGCCUUUGGACCCUGCUGGAGAUGGCUCACCCCAGCCGUUCGUUCAAGUGGCCUUCCUCCUCUGCGUUUCCUUCCAGACUGGGCAUGUUUGUGGAGCAGAGGCUUGAAUGUAAGGGCAGUAAUUAGCACCCACUCAUUCCUCCUAUAGGUCUCCACGGCAUUAGCAUGAGAUGCUAAGGGCUAUUUAUUGUCACUAUUGAAUACAGUUAUGCCCACGUGCCUUUGUACCGUCAGUAGGAAGAGUAGCAAUCCUUCAUGAAAGCCUUUGCCAAGCGGGAUGCUUUACCCCUGAGGUCAGUGUGAGGGCCACACAGAGAGCUGAAUCUGCCUUUAGGGGGCGCUGCACUGGGGUGGGCUUCCUCAAAAUGCCAUAAGGCAGAGACAGGGCCCAAACUGUUCUGUGCAGUGCUGAUACAGGCAGGGCUUCUGACUGUGGGUGCUAAUCGGUGCCCCCCCUCCCCCGUCUUUGAGGGCCUGCUAGUUGGACAGCACAGCUGGCCCAGAGCAGCGCUAAUUCCCCGUGAAAUCCCACACCCUGCCCAGCGGCUUGUGUCCACUGCUGGCCUCCGUCCUCAUUUCACGGGCCAAAUGCCUCCCACGUGCUGCUUUGGCUCGAAACGCAACACACACCCACGACCAUCCUCCGUCUAUUCUCCCCAACACACACACUCGACCAUCCUCCGUCUGUUCUCCCCAACACACACACUCGACCAUCCUCCGUCCAUUCUCCCCAACACACACACAAACGCGACCCUCCUCCGUCUAUUCUCCCCAACACACACGCGNCCA